CAAGCAUCCGAACCCAGACCCAGUCGCAGCCAUUUUACUCCGUGAAAUAAACUUCAAUCUCGGCGCUGGAGGAGGAACAAAAAAAAAACAACAAGUGCAGCAGCUCGGCGGGAGGUCAUGGACACGUCGCUGUGAACCAGAGCUCGGGCGGAUCCGGGUUUCAAGUCCUCGCACUUCGGUUUGACUCCAUGGCUUAACGUCACUCUACACAGGAAGUACCCCAGACAUCUCUUUCCUCCGUCCCUUGCUGUCCUCUGCUACUAAGGGUAGCAGCGAGACAUAACAUAAAGGGACGGUGACUUACACCCCUGUCGCUUGUCUGGGACCCUCUUCAACCCCGCACCCCUCCUGAGGCGGGAUGGAGCCCCAGGCUUGUCAGUGGCAGCUUGGAGCAGAGGGGGAUUGUAGGAUGUUGAGUCUGCUAGUGCCCAGUCCCCAGAGCGAGGCGGUGACCCAUGAGAUGGAGGAGCUGACACUGCAGCCCGCACAGAACCUACCUCCGCUCAGUGAACGCAAAAAUGUCCUGCAAUUGAGGCUUCAGCAAAGGCGAACCCGGGAGCAGCUGGUGGACCAGGGCAUCAUGCCACCUCUCAAGAGCCCGGCAGCAUUCCAUGGGCAGAUUCGCAGCUUGGAGAGAGCCAGGACUGAGAAUUUCCUGAAGCACAAGAUCCGCAGUCGUCCAGAGAGAGCGGAACUGGUCAGGAUGCACAUACUACAAGAGACCGGAGCAGAGCCCUCGCUGCAGGCCACCCAGAUGAGGCUGAAGAGGGCCCGCCUGGCCGACAACCUGAACGAGAAAAUCGCCCAGAGACCCGGCCCGCUGGAGCUGGUGGAGAAGAACAUCCUGCCAGUGGAUUCCAGCGUUAAGCAAGCCAUCAUUGGUGAGGUGGGUCAGGUGAAUUACCCUAAGGUGGUGGAUGAAGACAGCUGUGAUCCCCUGUCCCCAGAGCAGCCAGCCAGCCAGGAGUCGCAAACCUCUGUCCCCUCACCCGCGGAGAGCAAAGCACCAGAGACUCCAUCUCCUGCUCCUGCUCCAGCACCUCCACCACUAUCCAGCCCCAUAUUUCAGGUCCUCCCAGUUGCUACAAAAGCACCAUCAGACUUUAUGAAAGUGAUCUCUACCACUGAGUUUCUUGCCACUCGCCCAGCUGCUCCCUCGAAACCAGGACCAACACUGGUGAAACAAAGCCAGCCGAAGACAGCCUCAGAGAAGAGUCGCAGUAAGAAGGGCAAAGAGCCAAAGUCCAGGAUUAAGAAGCUGAAAUACCACCAGUAUGUUCCUCCGGACCAGAAGCAGGAGGCCAGUGAAGAGCCCAUGGACUCGUCUUAUGCCCGACUACUGCAGCAGCAGCAGCUUUUCCUCCAGCUGCAGAUCAUCAGCCAGCAACAGCAGCACUACAACUACCAGACUAUACUACCAGCACCACUCAAACCUGUGGCAGAGGGUCAGAGCAGCGCUGGCAGCAGCCUGCCAACCUCCAUCAUGGUGUCUCUGCCCACUGUCCCCCCACCUCCCCCUCUGCCUUCAGCUGUGGCUCGACCACACAACUCGCUGUCCAAUCGCAAGCCAGGAGUCUUGCCUGCCAACCUGGAGGAGAUGAAGGUGGCGGAGCUGAAACUGGAGCUGAAGCUGCGAGGCCUUCCUGUGUCAGGAACAAAGACCGACCUGAUGGAGAGACUUAAGCCUUUCCAGGACAAUCUCCGCACCUCUGCUCCUACCAACAUUCCUCAACCGACCACUACCACCUCCACCCCCAUGGACGUCACCACUGCCACCACCACCUGCACCAGCCCCGCCAUUGUCCUCCCAGUACAGCAGGUGACUCUAGAGAGCAUGAGAUCCACGCCGCCAGUCUCACCCAACCCCACUGAGCCCUCCACCCUCCAGCAGGAUGUGGGUAUGUCUGUGGCACAUUCCGAAGUACAGUCCUCACCUCUCCUGUCUUUUCACGUCCCGGAGGAAAAGGACAGGAGGCUCCAUGAGAAGGAGCGGCAGAUAGAGGAGUUGAUGAGGAAGCUGGAGCACGAGCAGAGGUUGGUGGAGGAGCUGAAGAUUCAGCUGCAGGUGGAGAAGAGAGGCCCGGGUGGCUGCAGUGCCGACUCUACCUCUGUAUCUCCCAAACUAACCUCUGUCCCUGCCCUGAAUCCUGUUGCUACUGUCCUGAAUUCAAAUGUAGUAAAAAUGGAGAGAACGUUCCUGUCAAACUGUUCCUCCACUGCUUCCACCAUCCAAAACUCUGUCUUGGGCUCCCCGGCUCUCACAAGCCCCCUCCCGACCGUGGUGAAGUUGGAGGAUUUGACUGUUUCUGGUGGCAAGCCGCUCCAACUGCAGAGUCCAACCCAGCUCAUCACAAAGAUCCAGCCCCAAGUAAGCACCAGCCCGCAGCUGCUCCCACAGUCACAGAGAAGUCCCCAACUCCGGACUCAGCCUCAGACCACUGCCCCCAGCCUGCAGCAGUUCUUCAUCAGCCACACGGGUGGAGUCUCCCAAAUGCUGACUGGCCAGGCUGGGACUCAGAUCCUGCUCCCGGUCUCACUACCCAAAAACGCUACUGCAAUCCAGCUGCCGAACACCACUGUCAGCCUGCAGCCUGUCCUCCAGGCCACAGUCUCAAAUCCAGGCCUGGUACAGACGUCGGUUCCUCAGCUGCAGAGCUUUCAGAUGGAGACGGCACCCGGCCAGCAGUUACCAAACCACAGCCCGUUGCUACAGACUCUGACAGUGUGCAAUAGUUCUAGUGGUUUAGAGAACCAGGGUCGGCCUGAGAUGAAUCCCCAGCGUUUCCUCAGAAGCUCCCCAGAGAACAGGGUCUCUCCAAGGGCCUCACCCAACCACCACAUCUCCAAUGGACCCCUUCAUAAGUCUCCUUCUCCCCAGCCUGCCUUCAUCCUCCAGCCCACCUCUCUUAUCAGUCAGCCUCCCAAAUCAAGAGAGCCCCCCCGCUACGAGGAGGCUAUCAAGCAGAGCCGCAACAUGCACAUCAACAAUGUCUCACAGGUUCCUACGGCAACCAGCCAGCAAAUGGAUGACUUGUUCGACAUCCUCAUAGAGAGUGGAGAAAUGACACCUUUUAUCCAGCAGGACCCCUCAGUGUCUCUUGGGAAGAGCCACCCCAUCACAGCCAGUAUCACCACCCUGCCUGUGAACACAGUGCUCUCCAGACCACCCCCACCGAUCCAUAUGGCCCCUCCACCCACCCUGAGCCUCACCGUCGACCCCACCUUGCCAAGCCUCUCCUCUCUGGCCACAGACAACCAGCUGGAGGCCUUCCUGGAGGGGACGCUGGCUGGAACGUCGCCGGCAUCAGACCUGCGCACACAGGGUCUGAUAGAGGAGCUUCAGGCCCAGCUGAUGGAACAGCACUACUCACCCAUGGACACAUCAGACCUGUCUUUCUGCGAUUCCUCCUCACCCACUUCCUCGUUCAACAUGGGCCUGUCUGACCCGGCGCUGGACAAUAUGGAGUGGCUGGACCUCACCAUGCCCCCGGGUCCUGGGGGGGCACUCACACCGCUGGGGAUCCCAACUGACUUCCUGGAUUCACAUGACCUGCAGCUGCACUGGGACUGAGGGAGGGAGACGGAGGAGAGGCGGCUGAGCAGCUGAGCCAAGAGUGAAAGAUGGAUGGAUGAAGAGAAGAAGAACAAAGGAAAUUUCCAGCACGUUAAGGCUGACUUUAAACAUUUUAAAUAAGGAAACAAAAGGAGGAGAAAACAUGACAUUCACUCUUUAACAGCUCAUCCAUACAUCUGUUAUAUUCCCACUAUACACACUGUACAGGCAGUGCACUGAUCAAGCUGAACUACAAGCAGGAGUUUGCACAGCUUUAAAAGAGAGGCCUACUACGGCCGAACAGCCAGAAAACAAUAUCAUCACUAAGGUGAUAAAAGGAUUUUAACGUGAUAAGACUUUUAUUCAUGAUUUAGCAGAAAUGAAGAGACAGAGCCAAAUGAAGACUGGUAGCAUGGACUGUUUGUAUAUACUGUUAAAACCACACUAACAACAUUCUGUCAGUGCAGCCUCAGCUGGUGACCACUGCAUUUAGAAACACUCGGCCACACUGGUUGUGUGUGUGUGUGUGUGUAUCACAGAACUUCUUGCUUUUCAUUUCAGUGCCCAUGUUAUAAUGUCACACUGCCUGUGUGAGCCACGUGUCUCAGGUGCUUCUCCUGAGUGUGAGCUCCGAGCUGCUCCUCUAGAGAGUCCAGGUCUCGCCUAUUUUCUCCACGUACUGUGCUCGGUUCACAGCAGAACAGAUGGUGAAAAUUAUCUUUCACCACAGUUUCAGUGUCUAUCUGACGCAUAUGUCACAGACAUAAAUAUUUGCAACACUUCCUCUCCCUGUUUUAAAUGAAAUCUAAUCUAAUCAUUAGUUCUAACAAGGUUUUUAUUGUUGUUAUUGCAGGACCAGAAGAUGCACGGCUUCUGAGAAGUCCUGGCAUUUUGUUAAGUACAAAGCUCCACUUAUAUUUGAGGAAAUAUUCGUACCAAAAACCUCACAAAGAGUCUCUGCAGCAGCUCCUCAGCAGACGCACUCCCUGUAGUGUAGACGCAGUAGAUCACAGACACAGCUGUCAGGCUACACACACACACACCCAGGCCUAAACCAGUCUGUGCUGCACUGUCAAAUCCGUCUGUUCCCUUUGCAAUUCAAUGUGCUCAGACAUGUCACGGAACCAAGUUUUUUCAAUUUCCCAACUGAGACGAGGUCAAGCCUCCUGUUCACACUGGUCCAGUCCACUGGUCUACCACAUGCUGUAGAUGUACGUGUUUUCUGACAAAUCUGAUUUGCGACAUCAGAUGUGACUGUUUUCUUCUGACCUAUCGCGACCCCCUUCCGGUCAAGCUGAUCAACCAAUGACUCUAAAGGACAAAAAGACUCGACUCCAGUCGGACGACGAGAGGAGGAGGCUCCUCCCUCUAAGUGAGAGCUAUGCACUAAUGAGGCGGAGCGAUCUACCGACGCACCUCACUCACCUCAGAACAAGGAAAUGUGAACUUUGCAUAUCCAAGACGAUCGUGAACAGAAAGCGAUCGAAAAUGAUUGUGAUUGAUGCAGCGAUCAUGUGGCCAAUCACUAUAGAGAUACUGCAGCUGGUGUCCAAGUUAUUUUGAAUGUACUUUUUGACAAGAACAAAACAUCUGACUUUACGUACAAAGUUGGCAGCUGUUUUUUUUCCCCUCUGAUAGUAAACUGGCGUGAAACAGUAGAAAGGGAACAAACACGAGCAGAUGUGAUACGUGUGAACUAUGUGAACACUGCAAGUAAUAUCAAGAAAGAUGUCUUUUAGAAGAUGAGCUUUAUAUCUAGCUGUCCUACAGUAUCCCUGCACUUUGUGUGUGUGUACGUGAGAGAGAGAGUGUGUGUGUGUGUGUGUGUGUGUCGGGGUGGGGAACUACUGCAUCACUAGCCAUGAAACGUGACUGUUAGGUUUGCCUGUAGCUGAUAAGUUAGUCUGCUUUACCGUCCCAUUUAUCCAAAAACCAACCAUCGUCUGGAGGAUCUUUGUUAAAAUAACAUUUUGCUGGUCAGACAGUGGGGCGACACGGUGGCACAGUUAGCACUGUUGCCUCACAGCAAGAGGGUUCCCGGUUUGAAUCCCUGCUUUCUGUGCGGAGUCUUUGUGGGUGUUCUCUGAGUACUCUACUUUUCUCCCACAGUCCAAAGUCAUGCAGGGUUAGACUCUACAUUAACUGUAGGUGAGACAAUGUGAACGUAGGAGUUGUUUGUCUCUAUAUAUUAGUCCUGCUGUCGACCUGUAACCCGCCUCUCGCUCAAAGUCAGCUGGGAUUGUCAUCUUCCCCCACGACCCCCUAAAGAUAAGCAGUGUAGAUAGUGAAUGGACGGAUGAUAAAGUAGUCUAACAGUUGAUGCAUCAGCUACAGUGACCUGUCAACAAAGUUUCCUGACCUUGCGAGUGAGUGAAGCGAGCAUGUUGAUCUCUGCGUGUGGGUGCGUGUGUGUGUGCGUGGAAUCGUCUUCCCGUCUCCUGCAUGAACAUCGGUGUGCGUCUCCGUGUGCAUGAUCGUAUCCACAUUUAAUCUCGGGCACCGUUUCGAGCACUUUCACAGCCAUCGCAAUCAAGUUAUAUGAAAUAUCUAUAAACAAACAAUCCAUUCGGCUUCUCCUACAACGUUCACUCUUCAAACGGCUUCUGAUGACUGUUGUACUGUUGUUAUCCGUGUUGUCCCGUCCGGUGUGAUACAGUCACAAAUGCACACGCACACCUUUCGAGGGCUGAGCUCCCUUUAAAGCCGUCAUGAAUGCUCCCAUGGAUUACAUCAUAUCCUGACUCACUAAGCCAAAUCAGUGAGUUAAUGAUUUAGUAUCUGAGUCUAAAUAUCGUUUUUAGGAUUGAUACAGUCCUGCUCUAUGGCACUUUGAAAUGCGAUGGCUCUUUUUAAUUCUCUCUUUUUGAUAUCAGUCACAUUCAGUGAAGUGAUGCUCGCAUUUGAACCACUUUAUCGUGUAAUUACGUCCGUGGACACUAGAGGGCGUGUGCUCUCCAGUUGUGGCAUGACGGCACUUCAGGGUCAUUUUCUUGCAGAAUAAAAAGUCAAUUGGGCUAUUUUAUUUUGAAAGUUUUUGUUUUUGAUUUGCUGUUUACAUCAGCAAUAAUGUGGAGACCUGAGCAGAAUGACAGAGAGCCCUUCAUGUCGACACUGUCUCGUCAAAGUUUGAUGCUCUCGCUGCCGCAGUCACACUUUUUUAUCAUCAAAACCCAGAGUUACGCCAAAUACUGCACAGACACACACUUUUUGUUGUAUUUUAAUUGUUUUCCUUUCGUCACAAACAGUCAAAGUCACGUGUUGUUGUAUCCUAGAAGAGACGAUGAGUUCAUUGUUGUUUUCUUCUUCAGUGGGUCUGCUUUAGGGCAGUGGAACAUAUUAUGUUUAUUAUAAUUUUGAAAAGUAGAAACCAUGUAUUCUUGUUUGGAUGGUUGUGUAAAAUCUGUAAACAAAGAUUUCAUGUGUAUAUUUUGGGUUUGCAGAGUUUUUUUUUGGUUCAUAUCAGUCGGACACAAACCUCUUGGCUGCAGUAGAUCUACAUGACGACGUGACGGCUCCCAGUGUUGGACUUGGUUGUUGCUGAUUGGCCAGACAGGGACAGCUAAAAGCAAUAAUGGCUGCUCUCCUUAGAUAUACUGUACUGUAUGUCUAAUCCUGCCUUGCUUUUACUCGUGCAGGAGCCUUUACCGCAUACACAGUCACACAUUGGUUCCAAAUCCCUUCUUACCCGAGUGGUGAAGCGUUUAAAUCAAGUUAUUUUCGAGGUGCGUCAGUUCUCCCACUCGUCCUCGUUCACCCUGUGUCGUUUACCAUCAUGGGAACAUUGUAGAUUUCUUCUAGUGGCGAAGCUGAACAAGAGGAGUCAUUACAAUAUAUGUAUUUUGGAUAAUAUCCACUCUCAUCAGCUGAUUCUUCUUUCCAUUCUUCAUUGUAGCCGAGUCUCCUUCUCUGUCUCCACCACCCAUGCCAUGCCUCUUGUUUGUAAUGCCAUAUGUUUUGCACAUUGUGUAUAUAUUUAUAUAGAUGCAAUGCAUAUUUUUAUACAUGUGUAACAUCCAUGGGCUCUGUAUUUUGUAAAUACUCAAAAAAAGAGAUGUGUGUGUAUAUAAGUACUGUAUGCCUUUAUGUGUCAAUA